UUUUGGUCGGGUCGGCCGGUGACGGGCGGCGGAGGGAGCGCCGGGACUGCGUGACGCCUGCCGCCGCUGACCGGGAUGUGGCCGCGGUGACCGCACAGACAGCCGCUCUGCAGUGCACUCGGCAGCCGUCGCCAUGCAGGACGCCCACUACGCGGCGUACGCGGAGCCGGCGGAGGAGCCGCCGCGCCAGCCGCUGCGCCCGGCGCCCGCCGGCGCCCGGCCGUUCGUCGAUGUCGACGCCAGCGGCGCCGUGGACCCGAACGCCUACCCGGAGCCCAAGGAAAGCACCCACAAGGUGCGCGGCCGCUCGGACGUGCUUCACAUGCUGUUUGACACGGCCAACCAGGACCUGGUCAUCUCCAAGGCGUUCUACUUCUGCUUCUACAGCGCGUUCGGCUCGCUGUUUCCGCUGAUGGCCGUCUACUUCAAGCAGAUGGGUAUGAACGCCGGCCAGUGCGGCAUUCUGAUCGGCGUGCGGCCCAUCGUCGAGUUCCUCUCGACGCCCUUCUGGGCCGGUCUGGCCGAAAGGUACCGUAAGGGAAAGACGAUGCUCAUAGCAGCUCUGGGCUGUUGGAUUUUCUUCACCAUGAUGCUGAGUUUCUGCCAGCCGAACGCAGCUGCCUGCGUCGUCUACAACCAGACGCACAACCACUACAGUCUGGAGGACAAACGAGUGUACAAGCGCAGCGUGGCCUCGGCGUGGGAUGGCCCGGAGCCGGCGGGCUCCGACGAGGUGCCGUUCGCCCUGCAUCUGGUGGACGACACGGGCGCCGCCGACCGGGACAGCCUCAGCCGCCGACGCCGCGAGAUCACCGUGGACCACAUCGCCGGACAGUCGCCCAGAGAGAUGACGUUCGUCGCCAACUACGACAAGAGCAAGCACGAGACGUUGCGCGCGCCGCCCUUCUCUAGCAUCGCCUACAACGUCAAGGACAUCCAGAAGGUGUUUUUUCUGACGUUCCUGCUGGUGACGCUGGGCGAGUUUUUCUCGGCGCCGGCCAUCACCCUGGCCGACUCUGUGGUGCUCACCUACCUGGGCGACGACACGGACCACUACGGCAGGCAGCGCAUGUUCGGCUCCAUCGGCUGGGGACUGGCCAUGUUCUUUGUGGGCAUAGCGCUGGACCACAGCACCUCGUUCACCCGGCACCCGUGCACGCCGCACGCCGGCGAGCGCAACUACACCAUCUGCUUCGCCACCUUCUCCGUGCUGAUGGGCUGCGCGCUGAUCAUCGCCACCCAGUUCAAGUUCGACUACUCACAGGAGGAGCAGCCGGAGAAGGAGCCCACGGCCGAGGAGAAGUACGAGGCCUCGCUGCCUCCCGUCAAGGACUGGCAGAAGCCGCAGCCGGAGCCGCAGCAGUCGCAGAGGGACGCCAUCCGCGAGGCCAUGAAGAGCCUGCCGCAGCUAAAGAGUCGGGUGUUCGCAAACACCAUGAUGAAGACUCCCGAGUGGACCAUCGUCUUCAACAAGCUCAAGAACGUGCGCUGUAUGGCCUUCCUCUUCAUCUCCUGGUGGAUGGGCAUCGGCAUGGGCCUGAUCUUCGCCUUUUUGUUCUGGCACCUCCAGGACUUUGGUGGCACUCCCACCGUUUUUGGUAUCGCCUCUAUUAUAAACCACAUCUCUGAGAUCUUCGCCUACUUUUUCUGCUUCCGUCUCAUCAACCAAUACGGUCACGUUAAGAUUCUCUGUUUGGGAUUGACGGCCAACGUUCUGCGAUUUCUCUACAUCUCCUGGCUGACGAACCCCUGGUGGGUGCUGCCAUUUGAACUCAUCCAAGGAAUCACGCACGCGUCCACGUGGGCGGCGUGCGUGUCGUACCUGAACCAUGCCGUGCCAGAGAACCGACAGUCGGCGCAGGGCGUGCUGCAGGUGAUCCAGCACGCGCUCGGAAAGGGCAGCGGCGCCAUCUUCGGCGGCAUCAUGAUCAACUACAUAGGCUCCCAGGUCACGUUCCGGAUCUACGGCUUCCUGUCGCUGCUGGUGCUGGCACUGUUUGUGUUUAUUAACUACUACAAGAAAGACACCGGCUUCCAAACCAAUCUGGACCCAAGCGAGGACCCUCGUCAGAUGGCCGACGAGGGCGGUGCGCUGGCGCCGCACGGAGUGCCGGCCAGCCCCAUGCCGCGGGCGCUGUCCUCGUCCCGACUGCACGACCAGGAGCCCGGCUACGGCUCGACCAACUACCGCGCCCAGGACGGCACGCUGGCGCCGCCGGGUGGCACUAACCCAUUCACUGCUGGAGACAUGAGCGGGACAGGCGGCGGAGGCAACGGCGGCGGCUACAACUACGCCGCGCUGAAGACAACCAACCCGCACAACCCGUUCCUGCCGCUCAACAACAACGAGGAGAAGCUCCGUCUGGAUGCCAUCGCCACGGAAAAGUACGCCGACGAGCCGGCCGACUGCUCCUUCACGCGCCGAAACUUCAAGGAGUUCACGGACACGUACAACCGGCAGCUGCGGGACGGCAUGGUGGUGAAGGCGCCGCAGCCGCAGCUGAUCUACCACGCGCCGCAGCCCGAGAGCGCCGCCGCCGCCGCCUACGCCUGGUAGAGCCGCCGCAGCCGUCGCCGCCGCGGCAGCGGCAGCGGAGUGAAACGCGCUGGUGCAACGCUCCACCACAGGCUGCCCGUGCACCCCGCGGCGAUACAGCUGCCGCACCGGGCGACAUGCGCUAUAGAUCUCACAGCGGUAGCUUUGGAAAACCACACCACACAUUGAUUAGUCUUCUCCGGUUGACAGCUCGAGUCAUAUGACUCCUUAUACCGUGUCUACUGUAUAUUUGCUCAUAUGCAGAGGUACAUAGACGUCUAGGAAUGAGAUGAAAGUACGAGAGGCACAUGUCUGAACUCUGAACAGUAAACAAUAAACAUUCCCGAAGCCCGGUAUGGGUCUGCCAUGCCUGCUAUACCACUCAGCGGUGAAAACAGCUACAAGCAGUUCUCAGCGGGCGCGCCGGAGGCCGGUAGCCCCGAUCGACACCCUGCCCUGGAGGGCGCGGCCCAGUGCCCAGGGACGCUGGGCGGUGCGGCAGCGCGCCCAGACGGUCUGAGGCGCGCAGCUCUGCGCAGAUCAAUGUAUUCGUCGUGUGGUGGUCCUUGCUUUUGUCAAUAUCAUAACAAGUGUGAUGUAUUUAUUACUCGAAGCGGUCGUGGUAGAGUAAAUGUUGACGCAGGUCUGCAGCAUCGCACGUAGACCCGCCCGGAGAGCUUGUAUCCCUGUGUAAGUACGAUGUGUACGGUAGGCUCGCAUCCGUGUUUAAUUUCCGAAGGCUUUGCAAGACAUCGCCUUCUGAGCAGGCGGCUGUAGCCGUUCCAGGCGAGUAGCGCCCGAGCCACCCUGUCCCUGCCUUUGUACUCGUACGUUCUGUGGUCUGGUCAGAGGGGGGGGGGGUACACUGAGAAUCUGCUGCCAUGUUCGGAGCGGGCGGGAACAUCUGUUGCGCGUCAGUGCAUAGAUAUAUGCUGGUACUUGCGUCUGAAUGGAUGAAUGUUCUGUUAUUGUGAAGCCCGUCGGCAAGUGUAGGUGGCUGCGAGGCGAAAGGUGAGGUGCCGCCCGCCGGCCCGUUUCGGUCCAUUCCUGCAGCCGGCGAGGCCCCGGCCGUCCAGACUCUGCCGGUCUGACGAGGCGUCACGUGCAGCACGUACAGCAAUAACGGCAGCUCAUGGCGGAGCAGGGCCGGGGCCGCCACCCACCCACCCACCCCAGGCACCGGGCACCGGCUCAAACUCGGCUCAGAAACACAGCCGGAGCCAAUACGUGCAGUCACGCUCAAAGAACCAAAGAUAUCUCGAUUUCGGCACUGCGUGAUGUCUAAGUUUAUCCUAGUGUCAGCGCGGUGUCCCUGUUGAUAAGUUAUUGACAUUAAAGGUUCAGAUGUCAGCAGAACAAAUUUUGACGUGAUCAGAAUAUCAAUAAACGUGAAAUUAAAUACGUUUGACCUUCACCGCUAGUUGAGGACUGUGUGCCAUGGACUAGCUCCCGUGUUGGUUUGGACGAACAAUACAUUCUAGAUGGAGCA